UUCGAGCCUGCAGCCCUGGCCGCGAAAAUUUCACGGCCAACAAUCAAAAUUGGCGGAAGAAACGCGGAAGCGUAUCUCUAGUUUUAUGUAAUGUUUAGUUGACGAGGAACGACAUCUCCGAUAGAAGCACUAGUUGUCCAGCUCCGCGAUGUUUCACUACCACCUGAGGCUCGUCGUCCACUGCUCGCGGCAGAAACCGCUGCUGCUAUGGGCACCUGUGUGCCACAUGAGCGGCCUCACCCCGCUGAAGGAAUACCAGGCGCGCGUCAGUUCCGGCCAGCUGAUGACCGAUGACAGGCAGUUCCAGACCAUGAAGGAACUGGAUGCCCUGUACCACAAGAUCCAGAAGUACAGACCGGAUGGCUACAGGACGAGCGGCGGUGGAGGCGGCGGCGGCUUCUUCAGUCGACUCUUCGGAAGGCAAGCCACCGAGGAGGAGGAUGAUAAUGAUCCCAACGCGGGCAGUCAUGCCCCACAGGGACUCUACCUCUACGGCAGCGUGGGUGUGGGCAAGACAACACUGAUGGACCUGUUCUUCGACUGCUGCACUCAGAUCGACCGCAAGCAGCGCGUUCACUUCACCGCCUUUAUGAACAACGUCCACACCCGCAUCCACGAGGUUAAGCAGAGCCAGGGCCCUGUCAGUCGUGCCUUCAACUCGGAGAAACCCGAGCCGUUCGAUCCCACAAGGCCGGUGGCCGAUAUGAUUGCCCGCGAAUCCUGGCUGAUCUGCUUCGACGAGUUCCAGGUGACGGACAUAGCCGACGCCAUGGUGCUGAAGCGCCUGUUCACGCACCUUUUCCGUCACGGCAUUGUUGUAGUGGCCACCAGUAAUCGGCAUCCCGAGGAUCUGUACAAGAAUGGCCUGCAAAGGACCAACUUCCUGCCCUUCAUCGCUCUGCUCCAGAAACGCUGCAAGGCUUCCAAGCUGGAUUCGAUUGACUACCGGCGGAUAGCCCAAUCCGGCGACACUAACUACUUUGUCAAGGGUCAGACGGAUGCUGAGGGGAGCAUGAACCGCAUGUUUAAGAUCCUGUGCGCCGAGGAGAACGACAUCAUCAGGCCGCGAACCAUCACACACUUUGGCAGAAAUCUAACGUUCAGUCGCACCUGUGGUCAGGUGCUGGACAGCACCUUUGCGGAGCUCUGUGAUCGCCCCCUGGCUGGCAGCGAUUACCUGCAAAUAGGACAAUUUUUCCACACUGUUCUCAUCAGAGAUGUGCCCCAGCUCACCCUGGAUCUGAAGUCCCAAAUGCGACGCUUUAUAACCCUGAUAGACACGCUAUACAAUAACCGUGUACGCGUGGUUAUAUCAGCGGAGGUGCCGCUGGAGAAACUGUUUAGCUUUUCAAGUGGUUCUGGCGCCCUUUCCGACUCGGAUAGGGCGCUUAUGGAUGACUUGAAACUGGAUCAUGGGUCUGGAUCCAAGUCAAGCUUCUUCACCGGCGAGGAGGAGCUCUUCGCCUUCGAUCGCACAGUCUCGCGUUUGUACGAGAUGCAGAAGCGGGAAUACUGGGAGCAGUGGGCCAAGCAACGAUAAAACCCCUAUAUCAUCACCAAGCAAUAGUAGUUCAAUUAGCGCAUAUAAAUUAAUUAGUCUACCUCGGUGCCGUGGAGUUUUUAAAUCGAAAUUUCUUGUUACUUAAUGACUUACAUUAUAGGUGCUUUUUCGCGAGUAUUAGAGCAAUAAACAAGGUUAGCUAAGCCUUUGUAAUUAUUUAAAUAUUUACUUUAUUUACAAAUGCAAUUUAAAUAAAGCAAUAAACAAAGUUA